AUGCAAAAGAGUUUAUUGUACGAAUCAGAUAUUGUUCAAGUUCUGCUUCGUUUGGUUUUAAUGGGAGGCCUUAUAAAUUCUGUUUCCGAAGGCUCUCAAUGGAAAUGUCCGGAAUUUAACGACACGAAAAUUUCAUGCUUAUGCGAUUUUCCACAAACUCUUAGAUGUUGCACGGAUUUAAUACUUUUAAAACAAAUCAGAAACAAAUUAUUAACUUUGACGAAUCCCGACGAAUCCGUAUCCCUUUUAGAUUGCACCCUUCGAAAUGUGACCCAUUUGUCGGAACCUAUUUUACAGGGAGUACCUUUGCACGGUUUGGUUUUAACGUCGGGUGAAUUGAAAAACGUAUCGAAACGUGCUUUUAGCCAAUUGUCCGGUAGCGUUCAAGCUUUGGGCCUUCCAAAUAAUAAAUUGGAAACCGUACCCGGAGAAGCUUUAAAAGUUCUUAAACAAUUAGAAAGAUUAGAUUUAUCGUAUAAUAAAUUAUCCGACAUAAAUUUUCAAUCAUUUGUUAAUUUGAUAAAUUUAAAAUAUUUAGAUUUAAGCAAUAAUCGUAUUGUAAAUAUAUCUUUCGAUGCGUUUUCCCAAAUGAAAAAUUUGACUGUAAUUAAAUUGAAUAAAAAUCGUUUGAUGAUUUCCACAAUAUCAGCUUUAACCAAAAUAAAUAAACUCGAAGAAUUAGAUUUAAGUACAAAUGAAUUGAGCGGUCCGUUGGAAUCCGAGACGCUUCCUAACAUGCCCGCACUUAAAACAUUAUCCUUAGCCAACAAUCAAUUCAGUAGCAUUAAUCAGGGAGCAAUAAAAGGCGUUCCCAACCUGGUGAGCCUAUCUUUAAGCCAUAACCAAAUCGACGUUUUGGAAGAUCACGCGUUCAAAGAACUUUCGUCUCUUCGUAGUCUUUAUUUAGGAAGCAAUAGAAUAGUCGCCAUAUCUAGUUCAUCAUUAGCUCAUUUAAAUCAACUCGCGGAAUUGGAUUUGUCUCAUAAUUUUCUCAGAGCCAUGACACCGGAUAUAAUUUCACCGUUAAAUAAUUUACGCGUGUUAAGACUGGAUGAUAAUGAUAUAUCGAUGGUCGAACCGGACACUUUUCGACAGAAUACAAGUCUAGAACAUUUAACUUUGUCCGACAAUCCGUUAAAUUGUGAUUGUAAUUUAGUUGAUUUUUCAAUUUGGUUAAACAAUGUGAGCAAACUCAGUGUGGCAGACAAAAAUACCGCCAUUUGCAUGACACCUCUUCAUUUGGAAAACGCCUUAGUCGUCGAAAUACCAACGAAAGAAUUGAGGUGUGAAGAAGACGAUUACGAUUUGCUAAUGCAAGAGGGACCCUCCGCGGCCCAUGUUUCAGAAUCAAAAAUAAUACUAAGAGCUUUUAAUUUUAACGGUUUCAACAUUACCCUACUUUGGAGUAUCGACACAAAAGCAAAAUCUUUUUCCUGCGACGCAUUGUUCGUGUACGAAGAAAUGUCUUCUCAUGAAAUUUUACUCAUGUCGACACCGUUAAAAUGCAAUUCGUCUCAAAUGGCGGAUCCGACUACGUUAAUUGUACGAUUAAAUUUGGGAUCGAUGCAACCCUUUCACAGAUAUCGUUUUUGCAUAGUCCUUUUAGAAGACAAUAAAUUCACGGACGAAAUGCAAUUGGUUUUAGGAUGUAGCGAGAUAAUACCUUUGAUCGCGACCAAUCAUUCGAUACCACAAUCUUCGAACCCAAGCCUACCGGUGAAAAUAUCAUCCCUUCGAGCAAACAUAUCUCAAGACAAACUUUUCGUUUCCGUCGAAAUAUGGAACCCGAAAAAAAUUAUAGAUAAUAAAUGUCAAGUUACCUUAACUGUAUUUUCAAUGGGCUCUCUCGUGGCUCAACAUAGUUUGAAUUGUACAAAUCCGAAAAUUUCAAUGUCGGGAUUAUCUUCGGGAAACUACCACGUGUGCGCUUCUUUGGAUCACGUGUCCCCGCCGGAAAGACUACAAUGCGUGACAGUGAAAAAUCAAAUUAAAUCAGAAACAACAACAACAACAACAACACUUUGGAUUACUUUAUGUUUAAUAUUAAUGAGUACCUUAGGUUUUAUCGUUUUCUAUUUCGUUUAUCGAAAAAUAAUAAGAAAAUCAAGAAUAAAAACUGCACAUCAAUGUUUUUUGGGUUCGAAUGAUUUUGACGAUCAUCAGAAACAACACUCCAAGUAUAUUAAACUUCAAACUUCUAUUAAUAUAUAG